AUGGAACAGUACGACUAUUCAGAUAUUAAACCAUUACCCAUUCUGACAGACCAGCAGGAUGAACUGUGCCGGAUCAUGUAUACGGAGGACUAUAAGCAGUUGAUGGGACUUGCAAGAGCUUUGAUCAGCGUCAACGAACUGUCAGCCAGGGCGUUACAGCUCACAGCCCAGGUGAUCGAUGUGGCGCCGGCGUUUUAUACCAUAUGGAACUAUAGAUUCAAUAUCACCAGACACAUGAUGACAGAAUCCGACGAUACCGUCUCGUACUUGAACAAAGAACUAGACUGGCUGGAUGAGGUCACGCUGAACAAUCCUAAGAACUACCAGAUCUGGUCGUAUAGACAAUCUCUUUUGAAGUUGCAUCCCUCUCCCUCUUUUAAAAGAGAACUGCCCAUCCUGAAACUCAUGAUUGAUGACGACUCUAAGAAUUAUCACGUUUGGUCGUAUAGGAAGUGGUGUUGUUUGUUCUUCAACAAUUUUCAGCAUGAACUUGCUUAUACCAGUAAGCUCAUUGAGUUGGACAUCUAUAACAACAGCGCAUGGACUCAUAGGAUGUUUUACUGGGUGAACUUCAAGGAUGUGGCUUCAGAAGUGGAAUUGGCGGAUGAGCUCCAGUACACUAUGGACAAGAUCCAAUUGGUCCCGCAAAAUAUAAGUUCGUGGACCUAUUUCCGUGGGUUCCAAGAGCUCUUUCAUAAUAAGAUUCAACGGGAAAGUGAAGUGGUCCAGUUUGCCACUUCCUUCAUUGCGAGCGUAUUGUCAUUACCAAUUGACUUACCACAGGAUCUGCCUGAGAUCGAGUCCUCAUAUGCGCUAGAAUUUCUGGCAAAUCACUGGAGUGCAGACCCACGUACCCAAGACAGCGCUGUCAAAGCCUAUAGCUUGCUAGCAAUCAAGUAUGAUCCCAUUAGAAAAAACUUGUGGCAUCAUAAGAUAAAUAAACUGAACUGA